AGGAAUAUCUCAGAAGGACAUCUAAUGUUAUCCCCGGAUUGUGACAUAAAAGAUAAUGACAGUAGACAGGAUUCUCCAGGAGAUAAUCCCAUUACCCCAAUUAUACAUCCAGCUCUAUCAGCUGAUCCCUCUGAUCCUGGGAAAUGUUCUUCUGAUCACUCUGAUAUUGGUGCAUCUGUUACAGCUCUGACAGUAGAUACAGUGUUUCCCUGUUCUAUAGAUGCCAAAUGUUUUACACAGAACACAAAACUUAUUACCCAUCAGCCAGCUAAGGCAGGACAGAGGCCAUUUCCAUGUUCUGAGUGUGGGAAAUGUUUUACAUACAAAUCAGCUCUUGUUACACAUCAGAGAAGACACACAGGUGAGAAGCCAUUUCCAUGUUCUGAGUGUGGGAAAUGUUUUGCACACAAAUCAGCUCUUGUUAGACAUAACAGAAAUCUCACAGGUGAGAAGCCAUUUUCUUGCUCUGAGUGUGGGAAAUGUUUUGUACGUAAAUCACAUCUUGUUAUACAUUACAGAAGUCACACAGGUGAGAAGCCAUUUUCUUGCUCUGAAUGCGGGAAAUGUUUUACACAGAAAUCAGAUCUUAUUGCACAUCAACGAACUCACACAGGUGAGAAGCCAUUUCCAUGUUCUGAGUGUGGGAAAUGUUUUACACAGAAAUCAGAUCUUAUUACACAUCAGCGAACUCACACAGGUGAGAAGCCAUUUCCAUGUUCUGAGUGUGGGAAAUGUUUUACACAGAAAUCAGAUCUUAUUACACAUCAGCGAACUCACACAGGUGAGAAGCCAUUUCCAUGUUCUGAGUGUGGGAAAUGUUUUGCACACAAAUCAGCUCUUGUUAGACAUAACCGAAAUCACACAGGUGAGAAGUCAUUUUCUUGCUCUGAGUGUGGGAAAUGUUUUGUACGUAAAUCACAUCUAGUUAUACAUUACAGAAGUCACACAGGUGAGAAGCCAUUUUCUUGCUCUGAAUGCGGGAAAUGUUUUACACAGAAAUCAGAUCUUGUUAGACAUCACAGAAGUCACACAGGUGAAAAACCAUUUCCAUGUUCUGAGUGUGGGAAAUGUUUUAUACAUAAGUCACAUCUUGUUGCACAUCAGAGAAUUCACACAGGUGAGAAACCAUUUCCAUGUUCUGAGUGUGGAAAAUGUUUCAUACAAAAAUCACUUCUUGUUAGACAUGAGAGAAGUCACACUGGUGACAAACAAUUUCCAUGUUCUGAAUGUGAAAAAUGUUUUAUACAAAAAUCAGCUCUUGUUAUACAUGAAAGAAGUCACACUGGUGAGAAACCAUUUCCAUGUUCUGAGUGUGGGAAAUGUUUUAUACAGAAAUCACAUCUUGUUAGACAUGAGAGAAAUCACACAGGUGAGAAACCAUUUCCAUGUUCUGAAUGUGGGAAAUGUUUUAUACAUAAGUCACAACUUGUUAGACACGAGAGAAGUCAUACUGGUGAGAAACCAUUUCCAUGUUCUGAGUGUGGGAAAUGUUUUAUACAGAAAUCAGAUCUUGUUACACAUGAGAGAAGUCACACAGGUGAGAAACCAUUUCCAUGUUCGGAGUGUGGGAAAUGUUUUGCACACAAAUCACAUCUUGUUAGACAUGAGAAAAGUCACACAUGUUCUGAGUUUGAGAAAUAAAUCUGCUUUGUUUCACACAUUAGACAUCA